UGUCUCGAUGUCCUACUUGAAGACACUGAUGUUGUCAAAGCAAUAACCGAAUAUGUUUCUCAUGCUGCAAUUGAGAACUUGGUCAUUGGUUCACCUUCAAGGCAUGGAUUUAUUAGAUUUAAGUCAUCAAGUACGCCAAGCAGCAUAUCAAAGGGGGCGCCAGAUUUCUGUAAUGUUUAUGUCAUAUCUAAGGGUAAAAUCUCAUCAGUUCGGAAUUCUUCUCGUCCGGCCCCACAUACCUCCCCACUUCUGAGCCAUAUACAUAACAAUCUAAAUAAUCAGGAUUUAAAUCAAUCUGCAGAUCAGAUAUGCUCUAGACGUAUGAAUUUGAGAGACAGGACGUCGAUGAAACCUCACGGUUGGCAGGAUGAAUCCAUGAGAUCUCCAUUUAGAAGAGGAGCAAGAGGCACGAGUGGAAUGUUAUGCGUAGACUUCACAGAAUCAGACACAGACAUAUCAUUUGUAAGCUCUGGGAGGCCAAGCAGUGCUUGUUCAUCCUCUUUGUACGACUACAUUGACUCCGGUCGAACUUCACGAGUUUCUACCAGUUCAGAUCGUAGUUUUGGAUCCAACCGAUUGGGAAUCAAGUUCACUGACCCCGGUUCACCAGAUACCUCUUUAUCACAAGAUACCAGUAGAACAUCAUUUUCAUAUUCAUCACAGAACAUGGAUGAAACGGAAGCUGAUAUGAGGAGGCUGAAGCUUGAGUUAAAACAAACGAUGGAAAUGUACAAUACAGCAUGCAGAGAAGCGCUUACAGCACAAAACAAGUUAAUGGAGAUGAGCCACUGGAAAAUUGAAGAAGAAAAGAAAUUAGAAGAGGCACGACUGUCCCAAGAAGCUGCACUGGCAAUAGCAGAGAAAGAGAAAGCAAGAAGUAAGGCAGCCAUGGAAACAGCUGAAGCAGCUAGAAAAAUUGCAAACGUGGAAUCACAUAGAAAAUCAAGGGUUCCAAUUAAAUCUCUUAAAGAAGCAGAGGACAUGAGGAAGCUAUUGGAUAAUUUAGCCCAAACUGAUGUAAGAUAUAGGAGAUACAGUAUUGAGGAGAUUGAAGCCGCCACAAACAUGUUUUCUGAAAAACUAAAAAUUGGGGAAGGUGGUUAUGGACCUGUUUAUAAAUGUUACCUUGAUCACACUCCAGUGGCCGUGAAGGUUUUAAGUCCUGAUGCGGCUCAAGGGAAAUCACAGUUUCAGCAAGAGGUUGACAUACUGAGCUGUAUGCGCCACCCAAACUUGGUGCUUCUUUUAGGAGCGUGUCCAGAAUAUGGUAUAUUGGUUUAUGAAUAUAUGGCGAAUGGAAGCUUAGAAGAUUGCCUAAAUCGAAAAAAGAAGGGUGGUAGGGUUCUGUGUUGGCAGCUGAGGUUCCGGAUUGCUGCAGAGAUAGCCACGGGCUUGCUAUUCCUACAUCAGACGAAGCCUGAACCUUUGGUGCACCGUGAUUUGAAACCCGGCAACAUUUUGCUGGACCAGAAUUAUGUAUGUAAGAUUAGUGAUGUUGGAUUGGCAAGGCUGGUCCCUGUGAUGGCUGAAAAUGUAACACAGUGUUGCAUGACAUCAGCAGCGGGAACAUUCUGUUAUAUUGAUCCCGAGUAUCAGCAAACAGGAAUGCUUGGUGUGAAAUCGGACGUAUAUUCUCUGGGGAUUAUAUUUCUACAGUUAUUAACUGGAAGACAUCCAAUGGGAUUGGCUCACCAUGCUGAGCAGUCUAUUGAGAAUGGCACAUUUGAGGAAAUGCUUGACCAAUCUCUAUCUCACUGGCCCAUUCAAGAAUCCCUCACCCUUGCAAAUAUAGCUGUAAAUUGUGCACAACUCAGACGAAAAGAUCGCCCAGACCUUGCCAAAGUAGUGUUGCCUGAGCUUGUUAAACUCAGAGAGUUUGCUGAAGAAAAUAUGGGUCCCAUCUUUUUAGGAGGAGGCAUUACUUUUAGUAGUAGUGGUAGUGGUAGUGCUGAACCUUCCCCCAACCACAGUGAAGUUUCUGUGCAGCAGGAUGUGAUGAGCGACCCACAGCUUGUAAAUUCAGGAAGCUCAAUAAGUCCACACACUUCAUCAACUCCAACAGAAGAAAAUCCUUAAGGUGGUUUACAUGCAGGGGAGGGAGCCAUAAUAAGUGUAUUCAUUCGUAUUAAUCAAGAUGGUUACAUCUUGUUCUAGGUAGGGACGUAAAUGAGACCCGUGAUUUAAAUUAGAAAAGAGCAAGCAAAAUGUAAUUUGGAGUAUUAUGUAAAUAUAUAUUAGGGUUUGUAGAGUAAUUUUCUAUUAUUUGUAAAAAAAAUAAUACUAAUACUAACAAUGUACAAAUACUAACAAUUUAAUAUGUUCAUUUGGUGAACGUUUAAAGUUACUAAGUUUGGUAUAGUGGUGUGAUAUU